UGCAGUAAAAGAGGAGGUCUCCUCAGGCUAACCAAACCUAGUGACCCACCCUUUUUUCUCCUCAGCGGCUGUCUGCUGUCUACCUACCUCAUCAUACACACUCCUGCACAUCUGUUUUCACCGGAUUCUUCACCACACCGACCUAUGAGGACGUUUCUACCACUUCUUCUCCGAGCUGCACUGCGUCAAUCUCUCUGAAACCAGCCGGGACGAUCCUGCUGCUGCAAACCAGAAGUGCCAACCACAGGACUCAGCUCGUGCUGUGUGUUUCUACCACAGUUUAGUUGCCCAACUUGGUGCAGCUUCGUCUUCCUUCUCUUCUUCAACAAUGUAUCAAGUCGUGAGGAAGCUGUUUUUCACGGACUGCCAGUGUGUCGAAAAAGAUGCGUCGAAAACGUACGACGAGCUGUUCGCCAAGCUGGACACCAACAAGGAUGGCAAAGUGGAUGUGUCCGAGCUGAGGGCUGGCCUGUCUGCCAUGGGCAUCAAGACUGGGAAAGGAGCAGCUCAGAAAAUAGUUUCCUCUGGAGACCAAGACAGCGAUGAGACGCUCGACUUCAACGAGUUCACCAAUUACCUAAAGGAACACGAGAAGAAGUUACGGCUUACCUUCAAGAGCUUGGACAAAAACAAUGAUGGUCGGGUAGACUUUAUGGAGAUAAAGCAGUCACUUGCUGAUCUGGGAAUGGACAUCAGCAAAGAUGAGGCAGAGAAGAUCCUUCAAAGUAUCGAUGUGGACGGCACCAUGACUUUGGACUGGAAUGAAUGGAGGGAGCACUUCCUGUUUAACCCAGCCACCAACCUGCAGGAGAUUAUCCGCUACUGGAAGCACUCCACGUCGCUGGACAUCGGUGACAGCCUCUCCAUCCCAGAUGAGUUCACAGAGGAGGAGAAGACGACCGGUGUGUGGUGGAAGCAGCUGGCGGCGGGGGCCAUGGCCGGCGCCGUGUCCCGUACAGGAACCGCCCCGCUGGACAGGAUGAAGGUGUUCAUGCAGGUGCAUUCCACCAAGGACAACAAAAUCAACCUGGUUAGUGGUUUCAAGCAAAUGUUAAAAGAAGGAGGCCUGAAGUCUCUGUGGAGAGGAAACGGCAUCAACGUACUGAAGAUCGCCCCGGAGACCGCCAUUAAAUUUAUGGCCUAUGAGCAGUAUAAGAAGAUGCUGUCCAGUGAACCAGGAAAAGUCAAGACCCACGAGAGGUUCAUGGCCGGAUCGAUGGCUGGAGCCACAGCACAAACUGUCAUCUACCCCAUGGAGCUGCUGAAAACCCGUCUGACCCUGAGGAAGACCGGACAGUACACAGGAAUGUUUGACUGUGCCAAGCAAAUCCUGAAGAAGGAGGGACUGAAGUCGUUUUACAAGGGCUACGUACCCAAUCUCCUGGGCAUCAUCCCCUACGCUGGCAUAGAUCUGGCAGUGUACGAGAGCUUGAAGAACUUCUGGUUGUCCCGUUACGCCAAAGAAUCAGCCAACCCCGGUAUUCUGGUGCUGCUUGGCUGCGGUACUCUGUCCAGCACGUGUGGCCAGCUGGCCAGCUACCCCCUGGCUCUGAUCCGCACCAGGAUGCAGGCACAAGCUCAAGGCUCAGAGCAGCUGCCCAUGAACCUGAUGUUGAAGAAGAUCCUGCAAACGGAAGGCUUCUUUGGACUUUACCGUGGCAUCAUGCCCAAUUUCAUGAAGGUCAUACCGGCUGUGAGCAUCAGCUACGUGGUGUAUGAGCACAUGAGGGAUAACUUGGGUAUUCAAAAGUAGGCAGCGGAUUCAGCUGUGAUUGUGUGUGUCCGAGAGAGUGGAAGAGGGUGAGCAGCAAUUUUUUAAAAACUUUAAAACACGUCCCUUCUAACAUAUUAGGAAAACUGUUAUGUAAAGACCUUGUUUACCUGUAGGUCACCAAGUCUCCAGAUAUUUUUAAAGUGUUUGCAGGACUUUGGCAUAACAUUUGAGCCAUAUAAAAAAGAAAUAGUUACGGGCUUGUAAUAUUUCCCACUGUAUGUUGUUUGUCCAGCCUGCGUUUAGGAUGCACCCACAGAUUUAAAUGCACUGUCAGACUCAGAGUCUUUUCAACUAAAGAGAUGGAUGUUAUGAAUCUGAAUACCAAAAACAGUUAAGGGUUAAUUUUGAUUUCAAGACAUUUUUUGUUCUGUUUGUUUAUUUGGGUAGAAAUGGUCAUGUUUUUGUGUCAGUCAUUUCAGUUAUGUCACAUGUUCCUCUAUUAUAGGUUCCAACACUUGAACACUUGCUGAAGCAGGGUAACACUUUAUUUUUUGCUCUUUAUCUUUAUCCAAAGCAGACAGACCAAAAGUUGAAACAUCUUUCAUACAUUUACGCACACUCGUCCAGCUUUAUAUGCAGUUUCUCCAAAAUAUUGUGUGAGUGGGGAGCUGUUUCACCUAGAAAUCUGAGGGAACUUUGCAAAACUGUAUUUACUUUUUAUUUUCUGGUAUGUUUGAGGCAGGUAUGUCCUUUUUGGGGAUGGAUUUGUGCAAGUCUGGUGAAUGGGAGUAAUGUGCCUUAUGUAUGUUUUUGUCUCAGAUAUCUGGACUUCUCCACCGUCCAUUGUUUUCUUGCCUUUUUUCCAAAAUGUGGUUCAUUAGAUGCUGGAGUUUACAUUAAUAAAAACAUUUGAAUACAAAAGUGA